AUGACGGUUAUCAUUGGGUCAUUAUUUUUGCCCUAUACAAUUCACUUUCAAAUUGCCAAAAACCAAUAUGAAAUAUUACAAAGUGAGAAUAGUUCAAAGUUGGAGAAUUUAAAGAUAUCCAAUGCUUCAACGGUGGAGUCAGAUGAUGGUGUGAAAUCGAUGCUUUCCAGCUCGUGUGGGUCAAUAUCGUCGCCGCCUAUUUACUCACACACCGUGUCCCAAUCAAUCAUCCCAACGCUUCCACGCCAUCAGCUGCAGCUUCAACAAGGCUCUUCGAUACUAGAAGAUCAAGCACAGAAAGCGAGCCCAAUUAUGGAACGAGGAAACCUUUCUUCGCUUCGUGCAGACACUCCGGAGGGGUUUUUUUAUCAGAAACGUGUUGGUGGUCUUCAACGCAAUCCUUCAAGUUCGUCGUACACACUCUCUCCGACACCCUCGAUCAAGCACUCUAGUGACCUUCAUUAUAUCCAACCAAAGUCACGCUUGAGUAACUUGAAGUUUGAGAGUUCAAUUGUGGAUUCUAAAGUACCCGGUGAAUCCCAUGGAUCUCCUGCAUUGCGGAUAAGCAGAUCAUCCACCAAUUUAGCAGCCGCAAAUCAAAACUCAUUAUCGAGACCGCAAAACUAUAGAUCCAAUUCUUCGUUCAUGAAGUCUUCUUCACAGGGUGAUACAAACAGGACACCCACAUGGCAUGCUUCUACUAGCCAACAGCAACAGCAACAGCAACAGCAACAGCAACAGCAACAGCAACAGCAACAACAUCAGCAACAGCAACAACAACAAAAGCGGCAACAACAGCAACAAAAAUACGGCUUCAUCAUCAACGGAAAUAGUAGUACUAACUCGUUAAUUUCAGAAGAGUGUAAUUCUAAUUUUGAAGACACUGCUUUAAUUCCCUCUUCGCUCGAGGAUGAAGAUGAAUAUGGGUUUGAAAAGAAUUUCAAGAAUUCGAUAGCUCGUAAGACCUUAGCUCCCUUUGGAGGCUUUUCCAAACCGGGAAUAGAGGAAAGCUUAUGGAAUGAUGAUAAUAUUUUUGAUACAGCAGAAUGGUCUGUUGUGCCAUCUGAUGACGGCAAUGGCUCGUUGACCAAAGCCAUUGACAUUUCAGUCAAGAAUCAGAUCGUCAAUAAAUGUAGAUGGGUUGGUAUUGUUGCCAUGCCUAGCGACACAAUUUCCCCCAAGGUUAAAGAAAAGAUUGCUUCAACAUUGGCUGCGGACUUUGACUGUGAUGCUGUUUUUCCUGAUGAUAUUACAUUUGAAGGGCACUACAGGUCAUUUUGUAAGCAAAUUUUGUGGCCUACUUUACAUUAUCAAAUUCCCGAUAAUCCCAAGUCGAAAGCUUUUGAAGACCACUCGUGGGGCCAUUACGUGUUGAUGAAUCAAUUAAUCGCUGAUAAGUUGGUAAAAUCCUACUUGGAAACUAAUGGCGAGCGCAAUUUUGAAGAUUCAGAAAACGUGGUGUGGGUGCACGAUUAUCAUUUACUACUUGUGCCAAAAAUGGUUAGAGAGAAAUUGCCACGCGUGAAAAUCGGAUUCUUUUUGCAUGUUUCAUUCCCAUCAUCUGAAGUAUUUAGAUGCUUAGCACAAAGAACCGAGCUUUUGGAAGGGAUGUUGGCUGCAGAUUGCAUCUCGUUUCAGACAAAUGAAUACGUUCGCCAUUUUUUCCAGACUUGUAGCAAGUUGUUAUCUGCAGAAACCAGCGAUAACAAUGUCAUUUUCCAAAGUAGAAACACAUUUGUCAAUACGAUUCCGGUAGGAAUUGAUUCAUCAUCCCUUCGUGUAAUUGUCAAUAGUGAUCCUGUAAAAGAGUGGAGGCGGUUGAUCCGAGAAAGAUGGGGCAGUGAGAACUUGAUUAUUAGUAGAGACAAGUUGGAUAGACUAAGAGGUGUAAAACAGAAACUUUUAGCGUACGAAAAGUUUUUGACUGAACAUCCUGAAUUUAUUGAAAAAACAAUUUUGAUCCAGAUUUGUAUUGGAACAAACGCCGACCCCAACUAUGAGCUGGAGAUAAUGAAAAUUAUCUCCAGGAUUAACUCCUUACCUGAUAAUAUCUCGAUUACUCAACCCGUUGUUUUAUUGCAGAAGGAUAUAGACUUUGAUCAAUAUUUGGCAUUACAGUGCGAGGCCGAUGUGUUUGUCGUGAGCUCCAUGAGAGAAGGUUUGAAUUUGACUUGUCACGAGUUUAUUACUGCUACAGAAGAAAAGAAAUCGCCUCUUGUUUUGUCAGAAUUUACUGGAUCUGCCUCGUUGCUAGCUUGUAAUGGAGAAGGUGCAUUGUUGAUUAAUCCAUGGGAUUUGAAGAAAUUUGCCGAGGUGAUACAUGAGGCUUUGGUUAUGAGCAAAGCUGAAAAAGCUAAGCGUUGGGAGAAUUGUCAUCACUUUGUGUUGACUCAAGAUUCUAAACACUGGGUGUCAAAGUGUUUGGAAAGUAUCAAUAGAGCUUGGGAUUUAAAUAAUGAAAGGUAUAGCAAGUAA